AUCUGCUGAUUAAAACAGUCAUUCAAACUGUAUCCUUUCUUAGAGUUAUAAUUGAAUUGUUGAGGAAAGUUUUCGUGACUCCAGUAAAUGUUUUGGGUUUCCUGUGGCUAACGCAUUUAUUUUUGAGACGGAAGGGUAACGCUUUGUUGCGUGUUCUAGACACAGUAGCUUUGUUUUGAGUUAUUAAUUUGCUAUAUAUAGAAUCUAAAUGCGAAUAUGAAGCUAUUACAAGCCUGUGGAGGGCUUAGGAGUCAAUUCAGUCGAAUCCAGAGGUUUUUUAUUACCCGACAGUCACAAAAAGCCGUGAACACAUGGAGUCCUUUAGCAACUGCCUUCAACUACCCUCAAGCAAGACAAGACUAUUCUCUCAAAGCUACUGGAUUAUUUGGACUCUCAGAGCUUAAUACUAGCUCGGGCUUUCAUAAAAUGAAGCGUCAAGCCUUGAUAGAAGGGGAGAAGUUAGUAGAGAAGGCUUUAAAAUUCGAAUCAAACCUAAAGUUAGUCGGUGUAUUUGAUGAAUUGUCUGACGUGCUGUGCAGAGCCGCUGACUUAGCAGAGUUUGUGCGAAUGUCGCAUCCAGAUAAAAAAUUCCGAAAAGCUGCAGAGGAAACGUCUUUAGGGAUAAGUGCCUUUGUUGAAACGUUAAAUACUAAUCGUGAAUUAUACCGUUCAAUGAAGUCGGUAUUCACAAACCAACAAAGUAAAACUAUGGAUGAAGAGACAUUGCAAGUUGCAGAGCUUUUUCUCUUUGACUUUGAAUUGAGUGGAAUACAUCUGGAUGAAGAGAAACGCAAAAAAUUUGUGGAACUUCAAGAAAAAGUCUUGAUCCUUGGGGCCUAUUUUAGUAAUGGUGCAAGCAUGCCAGUUUUAGUACCAAAGAGAGAAUGCCCAGAUAAGAUAACUAGUUCCUUCCCUACUAGUGGUAACAAUGUUUCUAUAGAUACCAUGUACCUUGAGUCAUCUAAUGAAGAGCUCAGAGCACUGGCCUUUAGAGCUCACCUCCAACCUAUAGAGUCGCAAACGCAGUACCUUGAUUUACUUUUGUCAGGACGAAAUGAGCUCGCCAACUUGGUUGACUUCCCAACUUAUGCUAGCCGUGCACUGAAAGGAACAAUGGCAAGAACACCGGAGAAUGUAUUAGAUUUUUUAAAGCUUACUGCAAAAAUGCUUGAAAAACCAGCAAAAAAUGAGUUGGAGAUUCUAACCAACAUGAAGCAGUUAGACAGUCAAAGUAAAGAAAGUCGCAUAAUGCCAUGGGACUUACAGUAUUAUAUAGGGAUGGCCAAGUCACGGAGCUUAAAUUUUAAUUCUUAUUCUUUAUCAGCUUACUUUCCACUUGGAUCUUGUAUGGAAGGACUGAAUGUUCUUUUUCAAAAUCUUUAUGGUAUUAGUUUGGUACCAGAAGAUGCAUUACCAGGGGAGUUAUGGUCUCCUGAAGUACAGAAGAUUGGAGUUGUGCAUGAGACAGAGGGCCUGCUUGGGUAUAUUUAUUGUGACUUUUUAGUCAGACCUGAAAAGAUCCAACAAGAUUCUCAUUUUACAAUAAGGGGUGGCAGAACACUUCCAGAUGGCUCAUACCAAUCACCAAUAGUAGCAGUAAUUUGUAACUUUCCUCCUCCAUCACUGUCAGCUCCAUCACUACUGACCCAUGGCAUGGUUGAGAAUCUUUUCCAUGAAAUGGGCCAUGCCAUGCACUCUAUGCUUGCUCGCACAAGAUAUCAGCAUGUAACUGGGACAAGAUGUGCCACAGACUUUGCUGAGGUUCCAUCGGUCCUCAUGGAAAAUUUUGUGUGGGAUCCUAGAGUGUUAUCCAAGUUUGCCAAGCAUUAUCGUACAGGACAUUCUCUCCCAGAUGAAACAAUUAUAAAAUUAAGUCAGUCAAGAAACAUGUUUGGAGCACUUGAGAUGCAGAGACAAGUGCUGUACUCCAUGGUGGAUCAGGUUUAUCAUGGAAAGCAUCCUUUAGCACAGUCAACCACUGAUACUAUGACUAGCUUACAGAAGCAGUACACUGCUAUACCUUAUGUUGAAGGUACUGCAUGGGAACAAAGAUUCAGCCACCUUAACGGCUAUGGAGCCCGUUACUACUCCUACCUGUGGUCACGAGCUGUUGCAUCAAAGGUGUGGCACCAGUGUUUUGCUGCUGAUCCCUUCAACAGGGAAAUGGGUGAAAGGUAUCGGAAUACGAUGCUUGCGCAUGGUGGCAGUAAAGAUCCCAAUAGCUUAGUGGCUAACAUGUUAGGACAUGAGCUUACUAUUAAUGAUAUGGUGCAAUCUUUAUGGGAUGAUCUCGUUGCUUCCAACCAUUUCUAUCAGUGAUGAAGAGAAUUACAAUCAAAAUUUGUUGAUACCCCAAUGGAACAACAAAAUAUCCAAAAAUAGAAAUCCCACCUUGAUGAUGCUGUAUUCCAUUUCCAGAGGGUGGUACAGGGAUCGAUGUGCUAAAAUAGAAAAAUGUGGAGCAUGAUUUGUAAAUUCAAGGUUUACUGUGACGCUUGAUUCUUCUCUCGAAAUGUGUGCGUGAUUUGUGAGAUUAAAAGUAAGAUUCAGUUAAAA